CGUAUAUAUUUAGGCUCGAAAUCGGGAAAAGUUUCACUAUUUGGAGUACAAGUGACACUCGAUUGGGCUAUACCUGAACAGAGAGCCGACAAACAGCUAAUGGAUAGGGUGACAGUUCUUUUCGUCCGUUACUUGGGAUCUGAAGCCACAGAGCAUGUGAUCAAAGAGUUCUUUUCGUUGAGAUAUCAAUUGGGUGUCCAAAGAGUGAAACGAAUCAAAAACUAUGCUUUCAUUCACUUCAACAACAGAUCUGAUGCAGAGAAGGCUUUCGAGUAUAUAUCAAAUUUGGAUUUAACAAAAACGCCAUUAGGAGAAGGGAAUGAACCAAUUGAGGUAAUGUGGGCCAAACCACCCCCAACACAGCCCCCAACACAACCCGCACCGCCAACCCGUCACAACCGGUCAUCUUAUGAUCAAUUGCCGACCAAAGACACGUUAAAUCCAAUGGCUAACCCUUUUCGGCCUCCAAAUGGUUGUAAGACUUCAUUAAAUAGUAUGUAUUAA